AUGAGAUAUUUGUAAGUCAAAAGCAAAAUAUUUUAAUUGUAUUUAAGAGGAUUGAGAGGAUUUUUCGAAUCUUAAGAUGUUACUGUUAAUAAAAGAAAAAUGAGAAUUAUCUUGAGUCUUAUAUUUUCAUUAUAUUCAUAUGGUUGGAUUUAACAUAAUUGGAUGAAACAUGUAAUUUUUACAUAUAAAAAAAGGAAUUUGAUAUUAGAAAAUAACCAAACUUUUUAAUACCGAUUUGGGUUUAUCAUGCUAGAAGAGAGCAUUAUAUAUAUUAUGAACAAUCUAGAUUGGCUAGAGGAUUGAGUACUACAUUCUCAUAUUAUGAUUGGGAUCCUGUAUCAUAAAUGGUUUGUUAUACUGAUAAAUAAGGUAAAUAAAAAUUCGAAAAAAGCAUUUUCAAUAGAGAAAGACUUGAUAUUAUUGAUAAUGCUUUAUUUGAAGAGAUUUUUAGGGGAGAAAUGACAUCAGAAAAAAUUAAAAGAGGAUCACUUUUAGUGGCUUAUGAAUUAAAUUGCAAUAAUAGAUUUGAUUUAGAUGUAAUAUUUAUUCUAUUAAUUAGAAUUAUUUACAUUACAAACCUAUUAACCCUAUGGAUUUUAUAAGAGGACUACAUUUUUAAUUUUAUGUUUAAUUAGGAUUAACUAAUUAAUAUCGAUAUGAUCAUUUCAUAUCUAAACCAGAUUGGCUAUAUGAAUGGGAAUAAUGGAAAAUUGAAUUGAAUGGAAUGGAUAGAUUAAAUUUUUUUAAUAAAUUAAUAGAACUUAAAUGAA